CACGAGCGCUCGUCCGUAUUGCAUUAGUAUUUAUUUAUGUAUCGUGCAGGUUCUGGUUCUGGCGGCGCCGCGGGUCGCGGGCGGCGGGGGGAACACUUACUACGUGAUUAAUCCGCGCCCCCGCCCGGCCCGCGGCCCUUGCCGCGGCCAGGCGUACUCGCGCCGGGUUUCCUCGUCCCCGCGUCUCAUGGCCACUCACUACGCACGGGGCUCCGCCGUAGUGCCGCCUGCCGACGCCAGUCGCGUCGCGACCUGCGCCGACAGCGGACGCUCCGUGUAAACAUCUCAACUGUAUGAUAUCAUUCAUGCUAAUCUCCGCUCGUUGAUUUUCCUGCCCAGUGACCGCAGUGAAACCCGCGUCGCCGCGAGUGCCGAAUGUUAGUAGACGUCACCGGUGUAUUUUUCCGUCGGGAACGAAACCUGUUUGGAGUGAUCGGCGCCUGCCUCGGAUGAGACCGGCGACUAGUGAACGUUGCUGUGACCCGUGGCCUGCGAUGCUGCGCCCGUGACCGUCUUGCGACAGUGCCACGAAACCGCGUCCGAUGAUCUCGGCGAGGCUCCCCGGCGAGGCGCUGGCCCAGCUGGGGCAGCUCGGGCCGCUGGGGCUGUACCCGCCGCCGCCGCCGGCCGGCAUGACGCCCGAGUUCCUCGCGCCGCCGCCCCGGCCCUACGCGCGCUACGCGCAGCGCCGCCCGCGCGACAUGCCAGCGCCCCCCGCCCCUCAAUCUCCCUCAUUUCCUAGCUAUCCGACCUUCCUCCCUCAUCCGUCGUAUGCGUACAACCUGUACCGGGCGGGCCCCCGGGCGCCGCAGUCGCCGGCCAACUACCCCCUGCACCGGCCCACGUCGGGCUUCGUGCCGCCGGCCCCGGCGUCCCAUUCACCACCAGUGUCUGCGCCGGCGCCUUUACCUCCUGUCCACAGAGACGAACCACCAAUUUCACCGGAGCGCGGCGCGCCCGCAGCAUACUUCUGCCGCGGUGCCCUCAUUCGACUCGAAGAUGGUUCGCUUCGGCGCGUCGAAGAGAUGAGGACAGAAGACUUUGUGAUGAGCGCAGAGCACAGUGGGGACCUGUCGCUGACUCAAUGCACGCUGCUACGGCUCGACGAGCGGGGCGACCGGCUCGCGCUCACGCUGACGUACGAUAGGAACCGGGCACAGGUGGAGCUGGACUCGACCGUAGACCACCCGUUCUUCGUGUACGGGCGUGGCUGGGCGUCCUGCAAGCCGGAGCGCACGCUGGCGCGGUACGGGUUGCAUGUCCAACGACUGCAAGUAGGCGACGUGUGCGUGUCUCUAGUCGCCAGGAAGCACGCCUCCGCGUCUCUCCCCGCGCAUCCCUCCUCCGCGCCGCCUCAGACGCACCCGGAGAACCUCAGCGUUAAGGAAGACGCUCGCAAGCGGCGGUGGUCCGCUUCAGACGUGCUCGAAGACGACCGCCCCCUUCCAAAGAAACGCUGAAGCGUCGUGAUCGCUCUAAAACUAUCGUUUAGUUCGUUUCUUCCCGUAGUCGCGGAUUGUGAGCUGGAUUAGUGAUCGAACGCUUCAUCUUCCUGCUAUCUAACGAAAUCAGCUUCGCAAUAUUCUCACGUGGAUAGUGACAAUAACCCAGUGAGUAAUCGCGUGCCCGUGCAGCCGCGACCGUCCGCUGUACUAUCGGGAGCUCUAGGUGCUUUUUACUGUCGGGUGCUUCUGUCGCGUAUGUGUACGACAAUGUAAAUAUGUAUGUAAUUAUGAUACUUAGGUCAAAGUUCAAUGUUACACUCCAUGACUAACUAAAUGUAUCACAAAUAUGUGAAAGAACGUUUGCGCGAUGCGUAGGAGAGCAUAUAAAAAAUAUUUUUGCACAUAUAUACAUACCGACACAAAUCAAAUCAUUAAUCAAACUGUUUUAGUUUAAAAUUAUAUUGGAGUGAGAAAAACUUAAUGAGCACAAAAAUAACAAUGUGUAUGUUUCUACCAGAUCUUAUAGUAGGUUAGAUUUUGUGAUAAACAAUGAGAUUUUAAAUCGCCAGUCCGUAGCGACGGCAUUGCAUAUUAUGUUAAACAAAGGUACAAUGAAUGUUUGGUAGGGUAGCUAUGGGCUUACGUUCUACAUGAGGAAAGAGUUCCUUGCCUUUUCACCGUUGAGUGGGGCUGCUUUUCCACCAAAUUAGUGACUAAUGCUAAAGGGUAAACGAGAUAUAAACUAAACUACAAAAAAUGUGACUCAGUUACGGUAUUGACCAGAGCUAAACGGCAUAACGGAUCAGGUUAAUGAGAUUAACAAGCUUCCAGCUCACAUCCGUAGCUCGCAAUCCUUCACAAAAGGCACUUCGAUGAUUAAUUGGAUUAUUGGUACACAUAAUUAGCAACACAGCAUGUCUGUAGGCAAUUAGGCAUCUUUGGUAGAAAAGCAAUCUGACUCAGUGGGGGGUAGACGUAGCCCACACCCAUGGUUGUGACAGACAUAUCCCGGCUCGCGAAACAGACAACCAAACAAACCCUGCUACAAACUUCCCCUAUUGGCCGUAGUAAGGACCGAACUUGGAGGUGGUGGCAAAUUUAUCUGACAAAUAAUUUGAUCGUGUAUACAUUAUAAUAUCUAUUCUAAAAAUAAAAUAUAUAUGUACCUAUAUUAUGACGUUAGAUGUCAUCUCUAUUGUUUUUAGACGUCCAUGUGUAAUACACAUAACUUUUCUAUGAGAAGAUUGUUGUAUACAUAAUAAACACACAGUCUGUGAUAUUUUGUAGUUAUUGGUCAGAGUAGAUAUGAAGUAUUGCUUGAAUAAAGGAAAUAUAUAUGUUUAGAGUACUAAGUGCGUAAACGGUAAGGAGCUAUAUAGAUGUCGUAUACUCAAAAAUUUCGCUGGAGGAAACAAACAAAAUACAUAAACAAGUAGAGUCUGUGAUUUUAUACAUAUGUAUAUCGUUAUACCAAAUAACGACGAAUGCAAAGGCCAUAUCAAAAUCCAAUUAAUUUUAAAUAUUAUUAAGUGAAUAUUUACCGUUCUUCAUUUGGUAUAUUAUUAUUUGCAUAAUAUAAAUCGUAGAGUUUCACAUGGAUUUGCAACCGAAUACCUAAUACGUAGGUAUAAUGUUGAGUGUAAUGAUAUGGGUACAAGGAUGUUUGCCAUGCUAGGCGGGCCUGGCCCGCGGGACACGGGGUAGUUCUUUCAUUGUACCGUAAAUGUUACGUGCUUGUUAAUUGUAUGUUAAUUAUUAGCGGCCGGCCCGGCACCGCGCCCGGACACGGCCGGCGGAGCGUAGAUAAAAAGCUAAUAAUUUGUUGUAUAAUGUAUGUAAUUCUAGUUUUAUCGUGUUUAUUAUUAUAUUUUGUAAUUGUAAUGAAAGAUCUCAUUUUAUUAAUCGGUAUUUUCUAACAAGGCGCUUCAUUAGAUCAUGACUAAGCCUACCUCACAAACUUGAGACCGGGCGGCGCGCGCCGCGGCCGGUCGCCAACAAGUCGACAAGAUCUCAAUUUGAUGAAAAUAAACUUAUAAAAAGACUGGGACGCUUUACUGAAUGUUGUGGGAUAGUAGUUUCUUUGAAGAUAUUACUUAAAUUAUGAUAUAGGAAGGAGCAUUUAUUAAGUGAUCGGGCACUACCGGCGCGACGCGCCGCGCUCCUACUCCAAAAAAGUCGCUCGACUCGAUUAGUACAAAAAUUCUUACAAAAAGUAUUAUUUCCCAAAAUUUUCAAUUCCGAAAGUAUUAACUUAAUUUCAAUGAAGGGUGCUAUACAAACUGUUUUCGUUGACGUGUCAAGCACGAUAACAUACUUAGGACAUUAAUGUCCCGAUAUUUGCAAUAUUUUGAUUAUAAAUUGGCAGAAUCAAAGUUCUUCCAAGACUAGAAAUCUAUUGAAAUGUACCAGUUUAUAUUCCAAGCCAGCUUCAAAGUUUUGUUCCCUUGAACUACGAGUACUAACGUAUGUUCUAUGUAUUAUAACAAUUGCAAGCCAAUGUAAAUUAAAUAUACAAAAUCGAUUUUAACUAUUGUAUUUACAACCAAUAAUUACUUCAUAUGGAGUAGUUAUCACAACAUUUAUAAAACCAAUUGCUGUCAAGAAAGUUAUAUUUUUCCAUCAACAUACAUUAUGAUCAGACAAUACCUAUCCAAAUACUAUAUUUGUAAGUGAGAAUCAAUAAUAUAUAUGAGGUAAUCAAAUUUGAGCAAAAUGUAUUGAUUUCUUUGUACCAAGUUCCCAAAAAAAAAAAAAUUGACGAUAGGAUACGUUUACACUGUGCGACAUCUGUUAUCAAAUGCGGACGAUUAAGUGUAACGAGCCCUAAUCUGGGUUUAAGCCGGUCUAAGUUAUUUCUGCUCAACUGAUAGCCUCAUUUUUGUAAACACGAACAAAGUUUCUGCAUUACGUAGUCUAAUAAAACAUGGUCUUCUCUUCCCAGAGUGACACAGGCCUACGUCACAAGAACAUGGCCGCUAUAUAUAGCGCUAUCGCAUAUUAUCAUAUAGCGCUGUCGCAUGAUGACGUAGGCUUGUGUCAGUCAGGUGACCUAGAAAAGACGGGAAGAGAGUACCAGGCGGAGUAUAUUAUUAUACCACGUGCAUUACGCGAUGAAUAGCAGAGUACUUUUUUCAACACAUCAAUAAAAAUUAUAGUGAGCAAACAGAAACUUUGGUCCUGUAUCAUUGAAUACGUUAUUAUGUCACGAGUGUUCUUAAUGUUGCCAGGAAAUGAUAUAUUAUAUUCAUGGUUAAGUUUAUUUCCGUUUUAUUUCUUUAAAAUUCGCUUGUCGACAAUAAGAUACAUACAUAUACCUAUAUCUAAUUAUUAUUUCUAAUUCCAACGUAGAGAAAUGAUCACUGAGGGCCUACCGCGAACCACGUUCGACGUGUUGCCUCACUGUCACACUUACGUACGAAUUUACAAGUGCGACAGAGAGGCAUCACGUCGAACUUGGUUCGCGGUAGACCCUCCGUUCUUGUGAUCGAGUGAUCUUUGUAUGAGUGUUCAAACGUAGAGACCGACUUUCGGCAACACAUUGAUAUAGAAAUAAAACGUAGAAAUAAUUGCAAUUGUCCAUCUUGGCGCUGUAGCAAGUCAUUGAUUCACGUGUGUGACAGAGAUAUAAUUAUUUUGUAAGUACCUACACGAAUGACUGGACAUGCGUUGCAUAGUAACAAUAGAUACUUAUCAUAUUUAGACUUAGAGAAUAUAACCAAACGGAGUGGUCAUUAACAGGCGUUCCCCUCUGUCGAAAAUAGGCGGCCAAUGGUCAACCACAUGUCAAACACAUGUAUGGACUGACGUUUAUCUGACAUGUGCCCCUCCCCCGCAAAAAACGGCAGACUAUUUUGUACUGAAAAUUAUAGACAUGGCGUCUCCGUUGGUUAUAUCCUCUAAGUAUUUAGAGUGCCGUGUUUCGUCGUUGCCAACAUAGUACUUAUGUAGUGCAUAAUUGUUCUCCUUCGUAUUUUCACGGAAACAUACGAACGUUUCUUGCUAUUUCAGUCAAUCUCGGUGCAAAAAGUACCGAGAUUAACUGACGCAGUAUGACAAAUACGAACGAGAAAAUACGAAGGAAAACAACUAUGCUUUACAUUUGUUACGGGCAUUAUUCCAUACGCUAUGACCUUAUCAACUUAUCAUAUCGGUAUUGAGUCUCACCUUUACUUUGAACACAAAAUAAAUAUUUUCACCUCAGCAGCUCGAACAAGGGCACUUUGCUUCUUAAAAACAGUGAGCAAAAUGCGAUUUUGCUCACUAAGUCAUUUUGUCUCGCUCAGUGAGCAAAAUCGCAUUUUGCUCACUUAGUGAGAAAGUAUGAGUGAGCAAAAUCGCAUUUUGCUCACUGAGUGAGACAAAAUGUUUUUCAAGUGACUUUUAUAGUCAAAUGUCAUUUCAACAUGCGGGGUCUAAUACAAGUUCGAUAUACUUGGGUUCUAUUAUCUCUGUCCCUCUAGGUAUGUUCUCACUGCUUAGGGUGAAAAAUUUUGUGUACUACACGAGAUCAAAGUUAUUUACAUCUCGUGCGCUUUUGAAUCCCUUACUACGCUCAAGAUUCUAAAUUAGAUUCACUCGCUACGCUCGUGAAUCUAUUAUAGAAUCUUUCGCUUCCCGUGCAAGCGAAAGAAUUCAAAAUAAUCACUCGAAGAAAUAUCAAACUUUGAUCUCUUGUUGUACAAAUAACUAUUGACUCGAGGAGAUGCGUAAUGUAGCAACACUAUCACAAACGUAUUAGUGUUCCGUACAAAACUUUGUUCACGGAACACUUAUGGGAUCACUGCGGUCUUGCAAAUCAGUUAAAUGCGUUUUUCUCAGAGACCGUUUGACGUAGAUACCUAAAAUUUGGUACAGUUAUUUUUUCGGUAUUGUAAAUGUUGUCAUAUUGUGUUUUUGUAAACAUAAAAGGACUGCACUAGAAUAACAACAUCUACAAGAUUUCCUAUUUACUCAUAAAUAUAACUAUGUUGCAACAUAUAGUUUGUCAAAGGACUGUCUCAUUUCAAUCUUAGACAGAGCGAAACAGAAUCUUUGUCUUACACUGAAUUAGCAGCCAAAAGAAAAGGAUGAGUAUAGUUUUCCUAGUUCUUACUGACUGACAAAUUGAUUCGACCAACUAUAUUUACUUUUAGCCUGAGUCAGGCAUCGAUACCGGUUCUGGAGAUAGGAGUUUGAGCGUGUCGAAUAGAUGCCCAUGAUUUCCACAGUUCGUAGUGAACCUUCCCAACUAACCAAGUACUUCCGACACUAGAUUGUGCCAUCUUACAGAUUUCUUAUUAUAUUCAACUGUUUUGGUCAAACGAAUGUCCACCUCUAGCCGCCCAUACGUCAAACCUUGCCAAGCAAAAUGAAAUUUUAUUUUGUCAACGCAAAGUUCAAAUUAGAAUGGAAUAGGCGACCUUUUUAUAGGUCGCUGGGCGGCUAGAGGAAUACCUGUCUUUAUAUACGUUAUUAACAUAUUCUUAAUUAUUAUUGGUUAAAAUCGACAUGAUAUACAAACUUAACCUCAAACAAGUUCAGAUAGUGUGACUGUCAAAUAACAACUGAUAGAUAUAUUAUAUUUGUUACAAAAUCACCUAUCAUUAGGAGUUUCUUUUAAAAUUAUAAUAGAAAUACAGAUAGAUGCUUUUACUUGAGAAGUUGUGUCAUUUAUGUAAUAGAAAAAUAAAUAUAAAAUUGUUAUAUAAUUAUAUGAUGAAUGGCAAAAUAUAUAUGUAUAUUUUAUUGUAUAGCGGAGUGAGUACUAUUUCAGAUUAUGUAAAUGGAAAAUGUUAUAGACCGAGAUGUGUUAAAAUAAGUUAACUGUUUGUAAAAAGAAGAGAAAAUAUGUAUAACUGAAUAUUUGCUACAA